AUGAGCGCAUCAGCGGAUUCAAACGCAAACGCUGGAAAGCGGCCCAACUUCCUCGUCAUCGUCGCGGAUGACCUGGGCUUCUCGGAUCUAGGAUGCUUCGGCGGCGAGAUCAGGACUCCUAACCUCGACAGACUCGCCAGCAAUGGUUUGCGUUUCACGGACUUCCAUGCUGCGGCUGCUUGCUCGCCUUCUCGGGCUAUGAUCUUGACGGGGACGGAUCACCAUAUUGCUGGACUUGGGAACUUGAUCGAGUGGACGAAUAACAGUGGGCAGAAUGCUCCGAGUGAGGGGGAGCAGAAGUACUGGUCUACUGCUCCGCAGCGCGGUAUGCCGGGGUACGAAGGCUAUCUGAACGAGCGAGUCGUUACGCUGCCGGAGCUGUUGCACGAUAAUGGGUACCUGACUAUGAUGGCCGGGAAGUGGCAUCUUGGUCUUACGCCUGAGCGGUCUCCGCGCCAGCGCGGUUUCGAGCGUAGUUUCGCUCAUUUGCCUGCGUGCAGCAACCAUUACGCCUACGAGCCGCAGCUGGAAGGUCGAGGAGAGGAAGACCGCAUUCCGGAUUUCAUGACUAUGAGCUUCAUCGCUUUGCACAGCGAGGAUGGCGAGUAUGUCAGGAACCUGCCCAAGCCGUGGUAUAGCAGCAACGGCUAUGGGGAUAAGAUGCUCGGGUAUCUUAAGGAUAGGAAGGAGAAGGGUGAUGAGAGGCCUUUCUUCGCUUACUACCCAUUUACUGCUCCGCAUUGGCCACUGCAGGCGCCGGAUGAGUAUAUCGCCCACUACAAGGGCGUCUAUGAUGAUGGCCCGGAUGCUUUGCGUCAGAGGCGGCUGCAGAAGAUGAAGGAGAUGGGCUUGUGUCCGCAGGACGUGGAGCCUCAUCCAGUCGUUGCAGAUGAGGUGAAGGAAUGGAAGGAUAUGGGUUCCGAGCAGCGGGCCAAGAGCAGCAAAGCUAUGGAGGUGUUCGCCGGGAUGGUUGAGUGCAUUGACGCGAACGUUGGCAAAGUUGUGUCUUACCUCGAGGAGACCGGCGAGUUGGAUAAUACGUUGGUAUGCUUCAUGAGCGAUAAUGGGGCAGAGGGUGCGGCGUACGAGGCCUAUCCGAUUGUCCAGGGGCAGAUGAUGCAGCAUCUGAAGAAGUACUACGACAACUCGCUGGACAAUCUGGGGAGAGGCAACAGCUUUAUCUGGUAUGGACCGAGAUGGGCCCAAGCAGCCACUGCUCCCAGCAGACUAUUCAAAGCUUUCACCACCGAAGGCGGCGUGCGUGUCCCUUUCCUCGCAAAGUUCCCCAAGGACACCAAUGUCAAGCCGUCUUCCGACGCCGUCACGUCUGGACCAGUCGGCUCCGCCAGCGGCAAGGCCAACAUCACCAACUCCUUCAGCACAGUCAUGGAUCUCGCUCCGACCAUCCUCGAAAUGGCCGGCAUCAAACACCCAGCUCCGACCUACCAAUCCCGCGAUGUCGUUUCCAUGCGCGGUAGCAGCAUGCUCCCCUUCCUCUCCGGCCAGUCCUCUUCAGUCCACCCAGCAGACCAUAUCACCGGGUGGGAGACCUGCGGCCGUGCAGCGGUGCGCUGUGGCGACUACAAGAUCGUCUUCAUCCCCAAGCCCAAGGGGCCGGAGAAGUGGCAGAUGUACAACCUCGCGAAGGAUCCGGGUGAGGUGCAUGAUCUGGCAGAGCAGGACCCGCAGAGGCUGGAGCGGAUGAUAAAGAUGUGGGAUCAGUAUGUUCUGGAGACCGGUGUGAUUCCACUGGCGCCAGCGCUGGGUAAUUGGAUCGCGGCGAUGGAGGAGCAGAUGCCGGAGGAUGCUUGGAUGGAGUAUGAGUACUGGAAGGACGGUGCUCGCGAAGAUCCAAAGGCUUUCACGAAGGACAUUCCUAGGUUCACGCGGACUGUCAAGGCGAUGUGA